AGCCGUGCAGGGCCCGGGCGCGGAAAAAAGCUUCCUCCCCCCGGGGGGCCAGGCCUCGGCGCAGCGAGGUGGGGGGCUCUUCGGAGCUCUGGGGGGCCGGCGCGAUGGCAUGAGCGCCUGCGGCACCCUCGGGCACUUCCCGUUCCCGGGCGUGCGCUGCUGCGACGGCGCCCCCGCCUGCGCGGAGGCCUGCUCGCAGGCGGAGGACAGCGACAGUUGCGCCGGCGUCCUCUGCGACGCGGCCCUGACGAGGUGCGCGUGCCCUGGCGGCCUGGCGCUCUCCGUGUCCGGCGGCUGCGUCGCCGCGCCCGAGCGGCCCCAGGAGCCCUGCGAGCCCGGCUACACCGCCGAGUUCAACGUGGCGGUCUACGCCUCCCCCGAGCUGCACGGCGGGCACUUCGCCGCCGGGCCCUCCGCGCCGCUCGAGGGCGUGCUGCGCUGGGCGGUGGGGGCCGGCGUCGGCUGCAACGCCAGCGACGUGUCGAUCGGCAGCGCCACGCUGGCCCCGGCCACCAUCCGGCGGCGAGCCCGGGGGGGGCGCCCCGCUUGCAGGGGCCUGGCCUUCAGCUUCUGCCCGCCCGCGCCGCUGCAGGCCCUCGAGAGCCCGGUGGCCCGCGCCGCCUUCGAGGCCCGCUUCGUGGCCGCGGCGCAGCGCUUCGCCUCGCUCGCGCCCGCGACCUUCUCCCUUGUGCGCCUGGAGGCCACGUUGCAGCCGAACGCCUCCGAGGCGCUCCUGGCGACGCAGGCCGAGGAGGUCGCCGAGGGCGGAGGGCGCUCGGUUGUCGCGGAGCUGGUCUUGCUGGCCUCGCUGGUCGUCGUCCUGGUCGCCGUGUCCGUGGUCGCGCUGAACUUGUGCGUCAGGCGUGGCCGGAAGGUGCAGGACGACCCUGCAGAGCUGCCCCUCGAUGGCUACGAGGGCAUCGAGCCCCUGGCGGCCCUGGAGGGCGGAUCGGGCGUCGCGCUGACGUUGAGGGACGCUGGCUCGGGCGAGCUCGUGCUGGCCCAGGCAGGCGAGGUGGCCGCUCCUGGCGAAGGGGGCCCCGCCCAGGGCGAGCAGCUGGUGAUGGCCAGGGUCGCCUACGACUUCUCCCCCCGCGACGUGGAGACGAGCAAGCUCUUCCGCAACGCCUGCCUGCAGGUGAGGGAGGGCGACGUCGUGGAGGUCGUCGCGGGCGGUGGCGGCUGGUUCUACGGCCGGGUGGUGGGGGGCGAGGAGCCGCAGCGCAGCGGCUUCUUCCCGGAGAGCUACUGCUCGUGGAUCAGCGCCGUGGCCGCCGGCGGCCAGCAGGUCCCCAGCCCGGAGCGGCACCUGCUCGUGUCGGUCACGCACCGCUUCGCGCCGGAGGAGGUGAAGGAGCGGUCGACCUUCCGCGACGAGGACUGCCUGGCCGUCGCCGAGGGGGAGGUCGUGGAGGUGCUGGCCGGUGGCGCAGGGUGGCUGUUCGGCCGCGUGGCUGGCCAGCCCGAGCGCGUCGGCUACGUCCCGGAGGACCGCACCGUGUGGCUCGGCCGCCCGGCCGAGGACGGCGAGGCCGCCGAGCCCACCGCCGCGGAGGCCACCGCCGCCGAGGCCACCGCCGCUGAGGCCGCCGCCGCCGCCGACGGGGCCGCGCUGCACAGCACCGGCUUCUUCGCGCAGGUGCGCACCGCCUUCUCCCCAGGGACGCCAGGCGACUCCGUGGAGGAGGCCGUGGACCCCUUCACCGACAGCUGCAUCGCCAUCGCGGAGGGCGACGUGGUGGAGGUGCUGGCCGCUGGGGGCGGCUGGCUCUACGGCCGCCUGGUGGGCAACCCGGCCCACGCGGGCUACUUCCCGGAGGCGCGCGUCGCCUGGAUGGGCAAGCCCGGGCAGGAGCAGGCCGGCGACCACCGAGGGGUGUUUGGUCACGCCAGGGUGUGACCUGCGAGCUGCGCCGUUGGGACUUCGCGAGGCCACCACGUGGCACCGAGGGUCCGAGGAGGAGCGCCCGCGGGAGCUCUGGCACUGCCCCGCCUGCGACGAGCCCAACGGGGCGGCCCGCGCGGCCUGCAACAACUGCGGCCGGGGCCGGGCCCACGAGCCGCAGGACCGCUGGGCGUGCCCCGCGUGCGGGGAGCCGAACCGCGGGGACCGCCCGCUCUGCAACAACUGCAAGCGCCCGCGGCCGGGCACCGCGGCGGCUUGGGACGCGUAGGGGGCGCGUGGGGGCGGCGCGCCAGCGGCGGCUCCUGGGGCGCUUCUUCUUCUUCUUCUUCUUCUUAUUCCUCUUCUUC